AUGAGGGAUCAACACUAUCCAAUGCUGCAACGAGAGACUGAAGAAAAUCUUCGAGUUGAUAUCGAGAAAAUGCGUAGUGAACUUAGAUAUGAAAUCGACAAGGUUAUUGCUGGGCAGCGCUUGGAUCUAAUCCUCAAGAGACGGCGCAUACGUCACAAGUUACGUGACAAGUUAGCCAAACAAAGUGCAGAAACCACAGAACUUAUUACCAAAAUCGAGAGGGAAAUCCUUGCAUUAAGGGCACAGCUAGACGCAGCAAAAUAUGAUGCCACAAAGUUCUGCAUCGCUACGGUUGUUUCUAUAUGUGCUGUUGCUUGUCAGAUUGCGGCUCUCACGUUCAGUCCCUCGCGUGUAGAAGCGGCUGAGGAGAUCCCCAAGGACAAAUGA